AUGAGGCCGCAGCUGACACGCAUCUGCCAAGUGGCGGCUGCGUUAAUGUGGCUGAUGGAAAUGGCCGAGGCAAUACCUGCCGGCCAAAGGCUUGAAGAGCUGUCACAAGAAUACGAUUUGGGGGAUCUCCCUUUAUGUCGCACUCUGCUGCCAAGCGAUAGCGCAGCCCUGAGUUACUGCCUGAACGGAUCCACCUGCCGCAUAGGCCAAGGCCAAUCCGGCUACGCGCAAGUCGUCUGCGACUGCUCAGAAAUCGCAACAUCGGACUACUUCUUCGCAGGUCCGCAGUGUGCCACCAAAGUGGCGCGCAUGUAUCGCAUCCAGCAGGCCCGCAACCUGGACUCAACCGUGCAAGUGGUGAACACGAGCUUCUUCGAGGACGUGCUGGGAAUGAACCAGUGGAAGAACGAUGUGAACUCGGUGGGCCAUCUCCCUCUGUGA